UAAAGCUGCGACGCGACCGCCGUAAAAGGGGGAAAUGUCGUGAAGGGCGGUCCGGAGGGGCCUGCGGCGGAGUGAGCGGCCGGGCACGGCUGCCGGCACUUAAUGCCCCGUGUCCUGGCGGCCGCCUGCUCCGUCUGCUCCAUGUGGGGUCCGGACCGGGCUCUCGGCCUCUCUUCUUCGCUUUCCUUCUACUAUGGCCAGGAAAACAGUUAGCAGGAAGCGGAAAGCGGCGGCGGCGUCCGCCGCGGGGCCCGGGGGGCUCUGUGGGGAGCAGUAUGGAUGGGAUCAUUCAGUACACAAAAGAAAGCGGCUUCCUCCAGUGAAGCGGUCCCUGGUGUAUUACCUAAAAGGCAGGGAGGUCUGGAUGCAGAAUGAGUCCAGCUACCACCGCCUGUUGCACGGGUAUGCAGCCCAGCAGCUUCCCAGCCUCCUGAAGGAGAGGGAGUUUCAUCUCGGAACCCUCAAUAAAGUGUUUGCCUCCCAGUGGCUGAACCACCGGCAAGUGGUGUGCGGGACAAAAUGCAACACAUUAUUUGUGGUAGAUGUCCAGACUGGUCAAAUUACCAAGAUUCCUAUUCUGAAAGACCGUGAGCCUGGCAUGGUGAACCAGCAGGGCUGUGGGAUUCACGCCAUUGAACUCAACCCCUCAAGAACCCUUCUGGCUACAGGUGGUGACAACCCCAACAGUCUUGCAAUUUAUCGUCUGCCUACACUUGAUCCUGUCUGUGUCGGAGAUGAUGGACAUAAGGACUGGAUAUUUUCAAUUGCAUGGAUCAGUGAUACUAUGGCUGUUUCUGGUUCUCGAGAUGGUUCAAUGGGUCUCUGGGAAGUCACAGAGGAUGUGCUGUCCAAAAGCGAUGCUAGGCACAACUUGUCUCAAGUUCCUGUCUAUGCCCACAUAACACACAGGGCUCUGAAGGAUAUCCCUAAAGAGAACACCAAUCCUGACAACUGCAAAGUUCGAGCGCUGGCUUUCAACAAUAAAAACAAGGAGCUGGGAGCAGUGUCCCUAGAUGGGUACUUUCAUCUUUGGAAAGCAGAGCACACGCUGUCAAAGUUACUGUCCACAAAAUUGCCGUACUGCAGGGAGAAUGUGUGUUUGGCUUAUGGUCAGGAGUGGUCAGUGUAUGCAGUAGGAUCACAGGCACAUGUCUCCUUCCUGGAUCCGAGGCAGCCAUCUCACAACGUUAAAUCUGUCUGUUCCAAAGAGCGGGGCAGUGGCAUUCGAUCAGUGAGCUUCUAUGAACACAUCAUCACAGUGGGAACAGGGCAUGGUUCCUUACUGUUUUAUGAUAUCAGAGCCCAGAGGUUCCUGGAUGAGAGGCCCCCACGUGCCUGCUAUGGACAGAAGCAGAAAUUAGGAGGAAGUGAAAUUCUGAAACUGACUACAGGGAAAGGUUGGCUGAAUCACGAUGAAACCUGGAGGAAUUACUUUUCUGAAAUUAAUUUCUUCCCGAAUGCUGUUUACACCCACUGCUACGACUCAUCUGGAACAAAGCUCUUUGUGGCAGGCGGCCCUCUUCCAUCAGGACUUCACGGGAAUUACGCUGGUCUCUGGAGCUAAUGAUAACUCUUAAAAAAUGCUGAUCCUUACGCAGUUUUCUACUUUCUUUUCCUUUGUUUUAACAGUGAAUGAAACUGUGUGAUGCCAUUGAAUUUUGGUUUUAAUGCAAGUUAUUUUUUGUCAGAGUUUUCUGUUGGCUUCCGACAGUUUUAUACAUCUCUUUGAACCAGUUCUUUGCUUUAACCUCCUUGAUCCUUUCUAUGAUGGGUAUUUGAUAUCUCUUUUUAUUUUACUUACUCCGAAUGACUCCCCACAUUUAGGCUAUCUUGGCCACGCGCCCCCUCCCUUACUUUGCUGCGAGGUAGGAUUCCUUUCUAAUAGAGUGGUUGCUCCUGCACUUUCUGUGAAAGUCUGGGGGCUGUGUGUGCGCAGGUACUUCGUGUCAGUUACAUUACCUGGAGUGAGGACUACUUGUAAUUAAAAAAUAUUAAAAAUAUUUAUAAGAGAUAAGCUACUUUAUCUGCAGAGCCUGGCCCUGGCCUGGGUUGAUCUUAUUUUUUAAAAGUACAACUCUAAUGAUACUGUUUAUAUGUAAAGGAAUACAGUAAUUUUAAGCUGUACUCAUUGGAGCCCAGGGAUAGACUCCCCAGGGGUAUUACCCAUCAAGUCCAAACUGCAGAAGCACAGGAGUUCUCAAAAGUGCAUUUACAUUUUAAUUGUAGUUUUCAGCAGUGCCAGGAGCAAAAACAUGAUCUUCUGUUCCUGUACUUGAUCCAGGUAUCAGCUUGCACAGCUGGAGUUUGAAUGGGCUGUUCUGCAGUGUGGCUGUCGUAGAAUAACAUUGCAUUGAGGGGCCUGCAGUGGUGAUGAAAGGAAAUGGGGGCUAGGGAUACGAGUUUUAAUGACAAGAAAAGAUGAACUAAGCUAUUUUCCAAGCGAGCCAGGGUUCCCAAGUAUGCUGCUGUGGUAGCUCGGGGGUUAUUUUCAGACAGUCUAAAGCCCAGGAUUUUUGUCCCAGGCUAUGGAAUUUAUUUCCAUUUUAUGUCUGUUCUGGUUGUUAGGGUCGUUAGCCAUCUGCUCUGAUAAGCCAAUGGAAUAAAGAAACUAUUUUUUCCUCUAAGGUUAAAGAGUGUGUCUCAGACUUGUCUAGUGCAGGCUAAAAGCUUACCACGUAGCAAGGUAACGUGCUGUUAGCUCAUGUUGCAUUAGUAUCCACUGUCAUCCAGCUUGCAGCAGGAGGUGUUCAGUCUUUCCCCAGACUCCCCUUCUCUGCCUUCUCUGUUUGAACUCCCUUGAAUUUUACUUGGGACUAUGGGUGGGGAGAACAGAUCCAGUGCCUUUUGGGUCCAGCUGUGAAGUGUAUGCACUUCAGUAUGUGAUCUUAUCUAAUACUCAGCUAAAAUGCAGGGCUCCAGAGUGCUAUUCCUGGCCUUCCAGCAGGCACCAGGAACUCUUGCCUUGUUACCAUCUUCUGCUGGGAUGAAUAUUGGAGCAGAGUGCAUGCCUUGGCCUCGCUGCUUUGGUGCCAAAUGAGCAGUUGAAGCUGAGGAGAAAAGGCAAGACUGGGACAUGCUCUUUUCUUCUGUCUCUGCUGGAGAUUACAGCUGCCACGGUAGAGUGACUCUAUUUCCUGCAAGAGUUCCUGCCAGAUUUAUCAGAGCUACUUACCACAGUCUGAUUGUGUUCUUACAGUCCCUCUUGUCUUUGUACGCAGCAUCUCCAUCAGUAAUGCCAAGUACUGAGACCCUGACUUACAUCUUUUGCUGAUAGGAUUACACAGUGUAAUAGUCUGUUCCUGAGGGGGGGGAACAGGCUGGUUUAUCCGGCAUUAGACACCAAGGAGAGGAGGUAAAUAAUUGUAGCAGACCUUCAGUCCUCUUUUCCUGCUAUUCAGCUUUUCAGGAAUAUGGGAUCUUGUGCUGCUAUUGAUUGUAGGAAGCUGUUCAUUUUACUUCUCACCUCUUUUGAGUAGACUACUUUUUUCAUGUUUAUAAUCACAUGCAAUCAAACUAUUGACUUUUAUGUUCAGUAAUGCCCAGUUUG